UAUAGGACAUUGCGUGAACACAAAAUUGUGUGGAAAAUGCUGAAAACAAUUCCAGAUUUGACCUGUCAGUUACCUGAGGAGCAUCUGAAAAUACUUAGUAAGAGUGUCACUUCUGAAACCUGGGUAAAAGGCAGCACAGUGGUUGGAAAUGAUGGAUUUUAUAUAAUACUGAAAGGUUCAGCUAGACCUCAAACAAAGGUACAUAGCAAUCUGAUUGAAAAAAAUGAGUCAGCAGCUUCUUUCAUACCUCAGCGUUUUCACGGAUUUGUCAAUGAAGACUUCAAAAACUUUAUGCUUGCUGAGAUGCACCCACCUUCAUGUGACGCAACACUUCGACAAUGGAGUACCUUUGGAACCCUAGAAGUUGAAGCUCAGACUGAAUCACAAACAAAGGAGUACUCAGUGAUCACAGAAGAAGAUUGUGAAAUUCUUAAAAUCUCUGCAAAGAAUUAUGCAAGGUUUAAAUCGGAAAAAAUAAAACUCGAAAAUAAAGAAAAGGUGAAAUUAAUUUGUAAAUGUCCAUAUUAUGAAGAGUGGCCCACUUUAUCCAUACGUGAGCUAGUUGCACUCAUUAAAUGGAAAAAAUUUCCUCCAGGUCAUGAGCCUGUGAAUAUUACUUUAUAUGGCAAAAGAUAUGGAAACCUUAAGGCUCUUGAGAGGAAGAUCUUAUCAUUGAUUAAUCAGGGUUCUGCAAAGGUUCAGUUCUGUGGAAAUAGCAUCAGUUCUCUUUUAACAAAUCCUGCACACCUAAUUAAAACUUGCCACAUUCUGGCCAAGGUCCAAACACUGCCCACUGCAGACAAGGAGAAACUGCAGAUGACUGACCUGAGGGAUAAAGCAGCCAGAACACAGCAGCAGAGUGCAGAGAGCACACGCCAUAGAUACUUCCUGAAGCACUAG